ACGAGUUACAGCUGGAGACGAGUUACAGCUGGAGACGAGUUACAGCUGGAGACGAGUUACAGCUGGAGACGAGUUACAGCUGGAGACGAGUUACAGCUGGAGACUAGUUACAGCUGGAGACUAGUUACAGCUGGAGACUAGUUAAAGUAGUUUAGAGAGGUUGUUUUGAAUUUGGUCGGUGGUCUCAGAACGUCAUCAGUCUCACCUGGACGACUUCAGACAGAACCCCUGAAGAACAUGAAGAACGUCAGGUUUUCAGCGGGAGGCGGCCGUCCUGAGGAGAACCGGGACGGAACCCGGGUCUGGAACAGGCUGAAGAUCCCCACCAAGAUCUGGAAGAACCAGGUCCGCCGAGACCAGCUGGACCACACUGAAGGUCCUGCAGAGAACCCGGACCGUCUGGACCAGGUCAGCAGGAGGCUGAUCCUCCGGGAGGACCGGCUCUUCGGUCAGACCUCCUCGGUCCAGGAGGAGGACCAGCUCCACAGAGACCUGCGGGUUCUGGAAGACCUCCUCUGGACCGCUGUCCAGAACACCUUCAGCUCCUCUGUGGACCAGCAGGAGGCGCUGCGGAGCGCCGUGACCGCCAUCCAGCAGCAGGAGGAGCAGGACCGGCGGUGGGCGGAGCUUCAGGGUCCCCAGGGUCCAGGGGGGCGGGUCCCCGCAUGGCGUCCUCUCAGGCUCCUCAGGACUCACGACCUGCUGCUGGAGGACCUGGUGGAGGCUCGACUGAAGGACGCCUGUGAGGACCAGACCGUGGGACGGGACCUGUCCUCCGCCGUCAAGAGACAGAGUCCAACUCGCAUGCUCGACUGCAGUGAAGGAACCAGGUCCAGGUCCGGAUAG